AUGGAAGAUGUUAAUUACUUGGACUCUUCUAACACAACUUUUGCUAAUGAAAUAAUUUCAAUAAGACACACAGACAGCGGCGAGGAACAAUUUUUAUGUAGUGGAACAUUUACUGAAGAAAAAUCAUUACAGAGAAAUAUUCAUGAAUAUCAGUGCGAGAUUUGUAGGAAAACAUUUUCUUCGGAAGACGAAGCGUUGAUCCAUAAAGAAAUACACAAGAGGAGAAAACCGUUCCAUUGCGAAUUAUGUGGAGAAUCUUUUGUCUCAAACGGUAAUUUAACAAAACACAAAAAAAUCCACAGUGGGGAGAAACAGUUUCAGUGUGAGAUCUGUAGAAAAUCGUUCACUCAGAAUUCGAACCUGGUGAUCCACAUUCGUAGUCAUACAGGAGAAAGACCUUACCGUUGUGAUAUUUGUGGGAAGUCUUUCUCUGUUAAUGCUAGUCUUGUAGUUCAUAAAAGAUUGCAUACGGGAGAGAAACCGUUCCAUUGUGAAAUCUGUGGCAAGCUUUUCGUCUCGAAUAGCCUCUUAACGAAACACACGGUCAUUCACACGGGAGAGAAACAGUAUCACUGUGAGGUGUGCGGUAAGUCGUUCAUUAACAACUCUCAUCUUGUUGUUCAUAAACGAAUUCAUACUGGAGAGAAGCCGUACCAUUGUGAAAUUUGUGGCAAGUCUUUUGUUGAGAAUUCCAAGCUGACUGUCCACAAGCGUAGCCAUACUGGAGAAAAGCCUUAUCACUGUGAUAUAUGUGGGAAAUGUUUCAUUGAAAAUUCCAAGCUGAAAGUCCACAAACGGAGUCACACAGGAGAGAAACCUUACCAUUGUGGAAUCUGUGGCAAACCAUUCUCUGAUAAUUCUAGUCUUGUAGUUCACAAAAGUAUUCAUAGUGGAGAGAAACCAUUCCAAUGUGAAACGUGUGCCAAAGCCUUUAUUACCAAAAGCCUCUUGACAAAACAUCGAAGAAUCCAUACGGGAGAAAGACCUUACCGUUGUGAGAUCUGUGGAAAGGCAUUCUCUGAUAAUUCCAAUCUUAUAGUUCACAAGAGAAUCCAUACUGGGGAGAAGCCGUAUCACUGUGAGAUGUGUGGGAAGGAAUUCGUCUACAACAGUCAUUUUAAGCUGCACAAACAAAUGCACUGUGAAGGGACGUCCUUUUAA